GCAGGAACCGCCAUGGGUCUACAAAUAACACGUUCCUUCUUUGUAACGCCUGGCGAUAUCAAGGAUCGCGAAAUGACAGCAUUGACGCAGUGGUGGUGCGGGCCGUUGGAUGCGGCAUGGCCGUCCCAUCCAGGGCACAUCAACGAGUGUGUGGAGACGUCCUUCUUUGUCGCAACUGUGUGGAAACUCGCCAUUCUCACGUGGAGCGCGAUCGUGGGGUGGACAACGUCGCAUCCACCAGGUCGGCGGGACAUUCUGUAUAAGAUCACGGCUGCGCUCAGUCUCGUCAGCGCCGUAUGCGGGAGCGUUUACAUUGCCAGUCUCCAUCCAUUGUACCCGUGCCAGGUCUACGCAGGCACGGUAUGGAUCGUAGAAGGCGCGCAUGCAGCUGUCGUUGCUGUCUUCGCGCCUCAAGCGCUUCGCUCUUGUCGGUAUUUACUCUUGUUGGAUGUGGCCACUCGCUGCGUCGUGUUCAAGAACAUGGCACACCACGACAAGCUCUCGAUUCUCGACGCCGCUCUCAUCGCUGACACGUCGUUGGGGCUUCUCCGAACCGUUUGUGCCUUUUCUGCCCAUUGGCGGCACGCGCGCUCGGACCUUCCAUCUCGUCGUUCUGUGUAUUCCCAUCCGCUUGAAGAGAACGCGGCGUACGUGUCCCAGCUAUUGUUUCUCUGGAUUUGGCCAUUGCUGCGCCAAGGAUACGCGCAGCAGUCUCUCCGAAUGAAGGACCUGCCCCCGGUGCACUCCGCAGACGCCACCGCGACGCUCCUUCCGGCAUUCCGCGCGCGUUGGGUCGAGUUUCCGUCGCACAGCCUCCUCCGACACCUCCAUGCAGUUUGCUGGCAUUCGUUCUACCACGCAGCCGCGCUCAUGAUGGUCGCGACUGCCGCCGGUGUGGCAAAUCCAUUGUUGCUGCAUGCGCUGUUGCAAGCGUUGACUGCGUCAUCGGCCAUCGCGACGACGCAGGCUGCCGGUCUCGCCGCGCUCUGGUGCGGCGCGCUCGUGGUCAACUGUGUGUUUGUCCAUCGAUUUUGGGCCGUCGCCGUGCGCUGUGGUAUGCACACACGGUCGAUUCUCCAACAGUUUGCGUUUGAAAAAGCACUGCGGCUGUCGGCGUCUGCGCGGCAAUCGGCGUACUCGGCGGGCCGCAUCCACAGCCUCAUUGCCAUGGAUGCCGCCCGUCUCUGCGACAACUACGUGGUGUGCUCGAUCCAUUGGGACACGUGGAGUGCGAUGGUGACCCUCGCUGUCUGCGGCUACUUUCUCUUCGACUUGCUCUCGUAUGCAGCGCUGGUCUGGCUCGGCACCAUCGGUCUCUACGCGCCAUUCGCGCUCUACUUUGGCAAUCGCAUCCAGAGACACAGCGCCGUCCACCAGCAGUGCCGCGACGACCGGACAACCAUUUUUACGCAAAUGUUGCGCGGCGUGCUCACCGUCAAGGCCAAUGCGUAUGAAUCGUGGUGUGAGGCGCGGCUGGGUCACGCCAGGCGGCUAGAACUGACAGCGCUCAAGUGGAAGGCAAUGCACAUCACGUGCAACAAGAGUUUGGUGCUUGUUGCCGACAUUUUCGCGCCGAUGCUCACGUUUCUCGUGUUUGUUCACGUGCAGCACGGUCAUCUGGACGCCACGACUGCGUUCUCGGCACUUGCGUGGUUCAACACGGCGGCCAGUCCGCUUCUCCGCCUUCCUUACGUGCUUGUGACGCUUGUUGAUGCCAUGGUGUCUCUCCGGCGACUUGAAGCGUUCUUCCGCGCCGACGAACGGCCUCGAUCGGCCUUGCUUCCGCCACCAGGAGCUCUCUCGAGCGCGACCAACGCGCACUUGUACCAUGCCAUUGAAAUCAAAGAUGUUACGUGCAGGUGGACAGAGGUACCGCUUGCCACGGACGGCGAUGAUUCGAAAGGGCGACCCGACCUGUUUGCAGGCUUGACGAUGGUCGUGCCAAAGGGCCAAUUUGUCGUGUGCUGCGGUCCCGUGGGAUGCGGCAAGUCGUCGUUCUUGGAACUUUGCAUUCACAUGCUCGCCGUGUCCAGCGGAUCGGUGGCGGUCCAUGGCACUGUGGCGUACUGUGCCCAGACGCCUUGGAUUCAAAACACCACCGUGCGCGACAACAUUUUGUUUGGCCAGCCCAUGGACAGGAUGUGGUACAAAAUGACGCUGUACAUGUGCGCGCUGGACGAAGAUUUGGCGCGAUGGCCAAGUGGAGACGCCACGAUCGCCGGUGACCAAGGAUGUGCGCUAUCAGGUGGCCAAAAGCACCGCAUCGCCCUCGCCCGCGCGAUCUAUGCGCGCCGUGACAUUCUUCUGCUCGACGACGUCCUCGCCAGUCUAGACACCCACGUGGGCCACCACAUCUUUACGCGAUGCCUGUGCAGCCCUGCGCUGGCAUACAUGACAAAAAUCCUCGUGACCAACCAACCGGCGUUCGUGUCUCAUGCGGCAGUCGACCGAGUGCUCUAUUUUGACCGCGCCGAGGCGACGAACCCAGGCGAGUUUUCCAUCCAGCCACCGCCGCCGUCCGUGUUCAAAGCCCAAGGUAUUGUGGCAACCACGUCGGCCGACGCGACGCCGGCUGGUCCUUCUGCGGUCAAAGGGCCGCGCGGCCGCACCACCUUGCCCUCCCUUGACGUUCAAGAAGCGAGUCCGCCUGAACGCCCCGACGAAAACUCGAAAACUCCAGUUCCUCCUAGCACCGAGCCUGCUGAUCAACUGUUGCGCCAAGGCGCCCUCGACCGCCGCGUGAUCGCGUUGUACUUGAAAGCUCUGGGGUCCAAGUGUGCCGUGGCUGCGUACGCUGUCCUCUUGGUGGUGGAGCACAGUCUUGUGUUAGGGGGCGCGUACUGCUUGAGCCAGUGGUGCAGCCACGACUCGAGUCGCGCGUCGUCGUUUGCUCAAUUGUUAUUUAUUUCGCUGGGCAUUGCGCAAGCGUGCACAUCCGUCGUCCGGAAAAUCUUGUUUGUCGUGCUGUCCUUGGCUUCGUCGGCUUCCCUCCAUCACACGCUCGUGCAUGCACUCGUCCAUGCGAGCAUGCGCUUCUUCGACACCACGUCGCUCGGCGUCAUCCUGAACCGAUGCGUCAAGGACAUUGCUGCUCUCGAUGAAGACAUCCCGUACGCCGUGACCAAGUUCUUGUCCAACACGGUCGAAAUCGUCCUGUCUCUCGUGCCGGUGACGCUCACGACGCCGGCCGUGCUGCUCUUCGUCCUCGUCCUCGUGUACCCGUGCAUGUACAUGAACCACAUGUACCGAUGGCCCGCGCGGGACCUGAAGCGCCUGCAGUCGAUGACGCGGUCGCCGAUCCUGUCGCAUUUCAACGAAAUCUCACAGGGCACGAGCACGAUCUCGGCGUUUGAUGCAGCAGCGACCGUCUCGGCGACAUCUAUGCACUAUAUCGAUGAGUCUGUUCGGUCAUACUGGCCAUCCCUCGUCGCCAGCCAGUGGGUCACCGUGUGGCUCGAGCUGCUUGGGAUCAUGAUCGUGGCGGCGGCGGCGGCGUCCUGUGUCUGGUUGCGCUCUACUGGCCGGCUGGACGCGUCGUUGGUGGGUUUAGUUUUCACGUAUGCAUCGCAGGUGCCGUCGCGCAUGGGCUGGAUGGUCAAGAUGGUCGCGGCGAUGGAAGUCGACUUUGUCGCGUUGGAGCGCAUCGACCAGCUCACAACCAUUGCUUCGUUUCACAAAGACCACCGGUCGUUGCUGUCGACCGACCAACAAGUUGUUCCAGAACGUUGGGAUCAACCCGACGGAGCGCUGCACUUCCGCCACGUGUCCAUGGCGUACGGCACAUCCGCUGUCCUCCGCGAUAUCCAUGUCGACAUCCCGAGGCAUGCUAAAGUUGCAGUGGUCGGCCGCACGGGUGCCGGCAAGUCGUCCCUCGUUCGCGCGUUGCUGGGUCUUUACCCCAUCCAAGGCACGAUCGCGUUGGGCUCGGUGGACCUGGCGACCGUCUCCACGACAACGUUGCGCCAGCAAAUACUCGGAUUUAUCCCGCAGGAUGCAGUGUUGGUCGGGAGCACUGUGAGGGAAGGACUCGUUGGGAACGUUUCCACGGCCACGGCCCAAGUGCACCACGUGCUCGACCAAGUCGGCUUGCUUGAAGUCGUGCUGCAGCUCAAGGACGGCCUCGAUUCUUCUUUGAAUGACGUGACGUUCAGCGUUGGCGAGCUCCAGUUGCUAUGCGUCGCUCGAGCGUUGCUCCGACCGGGACACGUCCUCGUGUGCGAUGAAGCGACGGCCUACAUGGACGCCGAGACGGACCGCGUGAUCCAUCAACUGCUCGUGGCGCUGCCUCGCACCGUCAUCACGAUCUGCCACCGCGUGCAGCACCUAUUGGCAUUUGACAUGGUCCUCGUGCUCGAACAGGGAAUGCUCGUGGAGGCAGGGGCUCCGCAAGAACUCCUGGCGCUAUAUCCCAAAGGGUUAUUUGCGUCUCUAAACGCUGAGAGGAAGAAGCAGGUCGAUGGAGCACUGUAGUUGAACAAAAUAAAACGCAUGGGACCCUCAGAUGUCGUCGAGCAUGCACAGGGUAUCCGUCACUUCGUGCAAGUUGCUUCCAUCGUGUGCAUCGUCGUCGACAUCGGACAUGGAGAGCAGCAUGGAUGCCCGCGCUAUGUCGGGUCGUGAUUCGUGGUUGGCGUUGUCGCGCCGAUGGUGCAGGUCGUCGUCUUGCCGCCGCUUGUCCUGCUGCAAGAGUCGUUGCACUUGACGAACUUGAACUCCAUGAAGGCCAAGGUCCUGGAUGAUUUCCCGUGCAUUCAUCCUCUUUUCCCUUCCAAUGUCGAGGAUGUGUUGCUCCAACUGAGGGGACAACUUGCGCGGACGGCCCUGUCGCUUUGUGCUGCCAUAUACCUCUGGGUUGGCCAAAAAUGUUCGGAUGACGCUCUUCCCACGACCAGUCACUUGGGCGAUCUACAAUUGUGACACCCUCGUGCAGUACACACGUACGUCAAAACCUCUUUUUGAGUCCGACCGCUGUGAUGCAUCGCCAGCAUUGUUGACUGUUCUGCCGCCGACAAGUGCCGCCCUCGCGGCAUGCUACGUACUUCGCUUGCUACUUGGGAUGCAACUUCAAAUUUGCUGAACUCGUUGUCAUGGUUUCGCGUUUUUGCAAAAACAC